UGAAAACAAUGGGUUAAGCUUAAAAGGAUUGUAUAUGGUAGAGGUGACAGGUAAUGGGAAAACGCAUUAAGCCACCUACGAAGUUGAGCAGCGCUGCGCGGCUCGUGAAAUAAAAUGCACUAAUGAUUGCCGGAGCAACGCGCGGCCCGUAACGACCCCGCGUUAUUAAUUCUAUUAUACGGGUAUGAUUCCUUGAUGCGCACUAAAUAUUAGCAUAACAUGCUCGACUGUAACCCAUCUUGUGGGACAAAGAAAAUGAGACGCGAGUAAUGAUCAAACAUUACGGAGAUAACAUCUCUCCUUCGAUAUUCAAUAUCCGCGCAAACGCAAUUAUCUACAAUCAUUCAAAUCUCCGGAAAUUACAUUUUUAAUGACAACUUUUGUCACUGCAAUUACAAUAAUUACUAGAAAAAAAAAUGAAAACAUCCAUGCAGUAGCUACUGUUACCAAAAAUAUCAAAAGUACAAUAUGUAUAAUGUGUGGAGUACGUCGGUACUGUCCGUGCCGCAAGAGGCAAUGCGGUUGUUAGUGCACAUCCUUAUAUUCUUCUCGUUAAUAAUUAAAGGAAUAGGCCAAAUGGAUUCCAACAACUAUGGUCCAUACCAAAUAGAAUGGGAAAAGUUUGAAGAAUGUAAAGGUCCCAAACAGGGCGAGUGCGGCAAGUUUGAAAUCAAGAGUUCACAAAAUAAAUCCGACGUAGUGUUCUCGUUGGAUUUUCCCAAGGACUGCCCGGCUACCUCGGCAAAAAUUGUGGUUAGCACGAUAACCAACAACGUCACAAAAAAGUUGUGGAACUAUGCUUUGAACAAGCCCUGCGAACAUUUUGUUAUGGGGCCCGUUCUCGUUGAUUCGUUCAAUUUGACUAAGAAUUGCAAAGUUAACAAGGGCCAGUACGAGAUACACCUCGACUUUUUAGGGAAAACCAAGGUAUUUUUGGGAACAAGUUUCUUUUAUGGCCGCUACGCGUUCAAGACCAUGUCUUUUAAUAAAAUAAAUAACUUCUUCUGUGUGUAUACAUUACUUAACAUCAAGAAAGCAGAUUAA